GCCUACCGCCCGGCCCCUCCACCACUCCCGCCCCUGCCCGGGGGCGUCCGCCGCGCGCCCCGCCUCACUGAGGGCAGACGCACCGGCCGCACUUGCGUCCCCCGCCCCUCCCUAGCGGCUCAGCGCGGGCGCCGGAACUCGCCAGACUCGCCCGGCCUCCCCGCGACGCGCCGGUGGCUCCGCCAUGCGGGUUGAGGGCACGAAGCAAGGGCGCACGCCCAGCUUGCGCGCGAUUCCUCUCGGCCCCGGAUGUGACUGUUUGGCUGAGGCGCCCCCCGCCCGACGCUGGAUGGGAUUGGGCGCCCACCGGUGAGGUCAUCAUCAGGCGCCUAGGAGGGAAGCGGGAAGCUCAGGUAUCACCUAUGAGAAGAGAAGCUGUUGAUCUGAUAUACCUGAAUGUGGGGAUAGUGGCACUUAGCUAUUUCCAGAGUUUUCUGGGCCAUUAUGGCAGUCAAGUGGACUGGUGGACAUUCUUCUCCUAUUCUCUGCCUGAAUGCAAGUCAAGAAGGGCUAGUGGCUUCAGGAGCAGAGGGUGGAGAUCUCACGGUUUGGGGUGAAGAUGGGACUCCAUUAGGACACACAUGCUUCCAAGGAGCUGACGAUGUUACCAGUGUCUUAUUCUCUCCCUCCUGCCCCACCAAGCUCUAUGCCUCACAUGGAGAAACCGUUAGCAUCCUGGAUGUCAGGUCUCUCAAAGGAUCCCUGGACCAUUUUCAUGUGAAUGAAGAAGAAAUCAAUUGUCUCUCAUUGAAUGAAACUGAAAACCUGCUGGCUUCUGCUGAUGACUCUGGAACAAUCAAAAUUCUAGACUUGGAAAAUAAGAAAGUUAGCAGAUCACUGAAGAGACAUUCCAACAUCUGUUCCUCUGUAGCUUUUCGGCCUCAAAGACCUCAGAGCCUGGUGUCCUGUGGGCUGGAUAUGCAGGUGAUGCUAUGGAACCUUCACAAAGCCCGGCCACUGUGGAUUACAAAUUUACAGGAAGAUGAAACAGAAGAAAUGGAAAGCCCACAAUCACCUGGUCAGCUUUUAAACCCUGCCCUAGCCCAUUCUGUGUCUGUGGCAUCAUGUGGCAAUAUUUUUAGUUGUGGGGCAGAAGAUGGUAAGGUUCGAAUCUUUAGGGUGAUGGGAGUCAAGUGUGAACAGGAACUGGGAUUUAAAGGCCACACUUUGGGGAUCUCCCAGGUUUGCUUUCUGCCAGGAUCAUAUUUGCUGCUUACUGGAGGGAAUGAUGGGAAAAUAAUGUUGUGGGAUAUAAGCAGUGAAGUUGAGAAAAAACAGAAGAGUCCUGCAAAACAUACUCACAGGAAGAAAACUAAAAGAGCAAUUGGUAACAAGCAGGGUAGAAACACUCAUGCUUCAGUAACAGGUGAAGAUGAACAUGGCAAAAUUUUACCAAAGUUAAGUCUUGAACAUGGAGAAAAAGUGAACUGGCUCUUGGGUACAAAAAUAAAGGGAUACCAAAAUAUACUGGUAGCUGAUCAAACUAAUUGUAUAUCUGUAUAUCCCUUAAAAGAAUUUUAAAUCCAAUAAAACAUUUGAAAAACUGCAA